AUGUCUAUGCAAUUUGAGAGAAAUAGCAACAAGCUGCUGCUGCAGGGACUUUUGUUUGGUAAAGUGCAAGUGGAGGCUGGGGUUAACAUGUUGAAGUCUUUCAUUGGCCAACAAGGGUGGUUAUUACAGUUAGUAGCAGUAGAAGAUAAAAAGGAGAAAAUGACAGUGUUACCAGAAGUUGAAGAACUAUUACAACAGUUUGCUACUGUGUUUGAGGAACCAGUUGGGUUGCCUCCAACUCGAGAUUCUGAUCAUCAAAUUGUGCUGAGGGAAGGCACUUCUCCAAUUUCUGUGAGGCCUUAUAGGUACCCUUACUACCAAAAAACAGAAAUAGAGAGAAUUGUUCAAGACUUAUUGGUUAAUGAGGUGAUUAGACCAAGCCAAAGUCCAUUCUCUUCACCUAUCCUCUUGGUGAAGAAAGUUGAUGGCACAUGGAGAAUGUGCAUGGACUAUAGAGCUCUCAAUCAAGAAAUUGUCAAGGACAAGUUUCCAAUUCCUAUGAUCAAUGAGCUCCUGGAUGAGCUAUAUGGAGCAAGAUUUGGUGUCAUGGAAGUUGACUACUUAGGCCAUAUUAUAUCUGGGGAAGGUGUAAAAGCAGAUCCUACCAAGAUAUCAGCCAUGAUAGAGUGGCCUCUUCCUAAAACAGUUAAGGCUUUAAGAGGUUUUUUAGGCUUAACUGGUUAUUACAGGAAGUUUAUCAAGGAUUAUGGUUCAUUAGCUAUCCCAUUAACCAUGUUAUUAAAGAAAAAUUGCUUUGAUUGGACUGAAGAAGCUGAGAGGGCUUUUUUGCAACCCAUGCAUGUUGUAACUCAUCCUCCAGUUUUGAAGUUGCUAGACUUUUCUCAGGAAUUUUUCAUCGAAUGUGAUGCUUCAGGAGUGGGUUUGGGGGCUGUGUUGACGUAG